UAAUGGCGUGGCCGUGGCGGGGGGCCGCCGCUCUCUGCCGAAGUCCAGCCCCAGAAAACCACCAGUAAACAUCGACGAGGGCCCUUAGCUGUGAUUAAAUGAAGUAAUUUAAAGGAGGUCAUAAUGUAACCGGAUAGAGCAAAUCUCCGCUGAAAGCCUGCUCUACAAACUGUGUGAAACUCUGGGAUUCUCGCUGGUAGCGCUCUGCCAUGUCGUUACUGUGUGUCAGAGUGAAGAAAGCCAAGCUCCAAGGACCUCCGGACAAGUUCAACACCUAUGUGACGCUGAAGGUGCAGAAUGUCAAAAGUACAACUAUCACUGUGCGGGGGGACCAACCCUGCUGGGAACAGGAUUUUAUGUUUGAGAUCAACCGGCUGGACCUUGGCCUCAUUGUUGAGGUGUGGAACAAAGGCCUCAUCUGGGACACCAUGGUGGGGACCGCCUGGAUUCCUUUGAAGAGUAUCCAACAUUCGGAGGAGGAGGGAUCAGGCGAGUGGAUUUUCAUGGAUGCAGAGGUUCUGAUGAAGGCAGAUGAGAUAUAUGGCACCAAGAACCCAACACCUCAUCGAGUCCUGCUGGAUACUCGCUUCGAGCUGCCUUUUGACAUCCCAGAUGAUGAGGCACAAUACUGGACAGGCAAGCUGGAACACAUCAAUACCAUGAGAAUCCAUGAUGAGUACCCUCUUCAGGAUGACGUUCAGAGUCACCCACUGCCAUUUGCGGCUUCCCAGUGCUCUCUAGAUGACCAGGACAGUGCUGUAGAUGACCGGGACAGUGACUACCGCAGUGAGACGAGCAACAGUCUGCCUCCACGUUACCACACAACGGCUCAGCCCAACUCCUCCAUGCACCAGUACCCCAUGGGGCCUAGGCUGCAGCACCACCCAGACUCCUGCACAGACUCUCUCCACAGUUUUGACCUGGACUACCGGGAACAGAGAGGAAGCAGUCCAGUGGAAAGUAGUCGCUUUGGGUCAUCAGGAAACCUGAGCCAGACCAGCUCCCAGCUUAGUGAGACUGGCCAGGAGAGCGCUGGAGGGUCAGAACUGGAGGAGUCAUUUCACUCCUACCACAGUACUGGCUUUCACCCCUCCACCAAUGGGCAGUCACGUACUAAUGGACAUCUUACCACCAAUGGACACUGUGUGGUUGGUGGGCAGGAGAUACAUAGGCUGUCCCCUGAAGUAGGACAGGGCCUGAAACAUGACACCCCAGCAGAGAGAGGGUCCUCUAAACUUCAAAGGUUCCAUGAUGACGGGCCACCUUUACCCUUUUCCACAUCCAGAGUUCGUUGGUUGAAGGCCAUCAAUAAAGUCAGGGUUCAGCUCCGGGAGGUUCGAGAUGAAGAACCCAAUGCUAGACAGGCCUGGGUCAAACCAGGUGGGGGAUCUGGUCUGUAUGGAAUUGACAGCAUGCCAGACCUGCGUAAAAAGAAGCCUAUCCCCUUGGUCAGCGAUGUGGCUAUGUCCCUCGUCCAAGCCAGGAAGGCAGGGAUCGCAUCUGCUAUGGCUGCACGGUCCUCAAUCAAGGAUGAGGAGCUGAAAAACCAUGUGUACAAGAAGACCCUGCAGGCUCUCAUCUACCCCAUAUCUUGCACUACACCACAUAACUUUGAAGUGUGGACUGCCACUACGCCGACAUACUGCUAUGAGUGUGAGGGGCUGUUGUGGGGGAUUGCCCGCCAAGGCAUGCGUUGCUCCGAGUGUGGCGUCAAGUGCCAUGAGAAGUGCCAAGAGCUGCUAAAUGCUGAUUGUCUACAGCGUGCUGCGGAGAAGAGCUCUAAGCAUGGAGCUGAAGACAGGACUCAGAAUAUCAUCAUGGCCAUGAAGGACAGGAUGAAGAUCAGGGAAAGGAACAAACCAGAAAUCUUUGAACUUAUCAGGGAAGUUUUUGUCAUCAGCAAAGCCAUCCAUGCACAGCAGAUGAAGACCAUCAAACAGAGUGUACUGGAUGGGACCUCAAAGUGGUCAGCUAAGAUCACCAUCACAGUCGUCUGUGCCCAAGGCCUUCAGGCAAAGGACAAGACAGGAUCCAGUGAUCCAUAUGUCACUGUUCAAGUGGGCAAGACCAAGAAGAGAACCAAGACCAUUUAUGGCAACCUCAAUCCUGUAUGGGAGGAGAAGUUCCACUUUGAGUGCCACAAUUCCUCAGACCGAAUCAAAGUGCGCGUGUGGGACGAAGAUGAUGACAUCAAGUCAAGGGUGAAGCAGCGUCUCAAGAGGGAAUCUGAUGAUUUCCUUGGCCAGAGUAUUAUUGAAGUUCGAACGCUGAGUGGAGAAAUGGACGUCUGGUACAACCUGGAGAAGAGGACAGACAAGUCAGCUGUGUCAGGUGCCAUUCGCCUCCAAAUCAAUGUGGAGAUCAAGGGAGAGGAGAAAGUGGCUCCAUAUCAUUCGCAGUACACAUGUUUGCAUGAGAACCUGUUCCACCAUUCGACUGAUGUGCUUGGCCAAGGUUCGGUUAAAAUCCCAGAGGCCCGUGGAGACGAUGGAUGGAAAGUCUACUUUGAUGAUGUGGCACAGGAAAUAGUGGACGAGUUUGCCAUGCGCUACGGGAUUGAGUCAAUCUACCAGGCCAUGACGCACUUUGCCUGUCUGUCGUCUAAGUACAUGUGUCCCGGGGUUCCUGCAGUGAUGAGCACCCUGCUGGCCAAUAUCAAUGCCUUCUACGCCCACACAACCGCCUCCACCAAUGUGUCCGCCUCCGACCGCUUUGCUGCCUCCAAUUUUGGGAAAGAACGCUUUGUCAAGCUCUUAGACCAGUUACACAACUCCUUGCGCAUUGACCUCUCAACAUACAGGAACCACUUCCCUGCCAGCAGCAAGGAUCGUCUGCAGGAUUUGAAAUCCACAGUGGAUCUUCUUACAAGCAUCACCUUCUUUAGGAUGAAGGUCCAGGAGUUACAGUCUCCACCCAGAGCCAGCCAGGUUGUGAGGGACUGUGUCAAGGCCUGUCUCAAUUCUACGUAUGACUACAUCUUCAAUAACUGCCACGAGCUGUACAACAGACAGUACCAACCUGUGGACACAGGCAAGGACGAGCUCCCUUUGGAGGAGCAGGGUCCGAGCAUCAAGAACUUGGACUUCUGGCCCAAACUCAUCAUGCUAAUCGUCUCUAUCAUUGAAGAGGACAGAAACUCCUACACACCCGUGCUCAACCAGUUCCCUCAAGAACUGAACGUAGGGAAGGUGUCAGCAGAGGUCAUGUGGACAUUGUUCGCUCAAGACAUGAAGUACGCUAUGGAAGAGCACGAGAAGCACAGACUGUGUAAGAGUACCGACUACAUGAACCUGCACUUUAAGGUCAAGUGGCUCUACAAUGAGUAUGUCAAGGAGCUUCCAAACGUUAAGGGCGUUGUUCCCGACUACCCAUCAUGGUUCUUACAGUUUGUACUGCAGUGGUUGGAUGAAAAUGAGGACGUGUCUAUUGAGUUUAUGCAUGGAGCCCUGGAGAGAGACAAAAAAGAUGGAUUCCAGCAGACAUCUGAGCAUGCUCUGUUCUCCUGCUCCGUGGUGGACAUCUUCACCCAGCUCAACCAGAGUUUUGAGAUCAUCAAGAAACUGGAUUGUCCUGACCCUAACGUCAUGGCUCAGUACAGUCGCCGCUUCUCCAAGACAAUUGCCAAAGUCCUUCUGCAGUACAGUGCCAUUCUGACCAAGAGUUUUCCUUCUUAUAUUGACAAGGAGAAGAUUCCCUGCGUCCUGAUGAACAAUGUGCAGCAGUUAAGAAUCCAGCUGGAGAAGAUGUUUGAGUCGAUGGGUGCCAAACAGAUGGAUACUGAGGCCAGCGACUUACUGAACGACCUGCAGGUGAAGCUGAACAACGUGCUGGAUGAGCUCAGCGGUACAUUUGGGAACAGUUUCCAGAGCCAGAUCAACGAUUGCAUGCGACAGAUGGCGUCUCUACUGUACCAGAUCAAAGGACCGCUCAAUGCCAACAACAGAAAUCAGGUGGAGGCCGACUCUGACAAUAUGCUAAGGCCACUCAUGGAUUUCCUGGAUGGAAAGCUGACGCUGUUCGCCACGGUUUGUGAAAAGACCGUACUGAAGCGUGUGCUCAAGGAGCUUUGGAGGAUUGUAAUGAGCAGCCUGGAGAAGACAAUUGUCCUGCCACAGGGCCACGAUACCUUUGGAGCACAGAUCCUCUCAGCUGCAAAAGAACUCGGUCAGCUCUCCAAACUCAAGGAUCACAUGGCAGGGGAGGCUAAAAGCCUGUCUCCCAGGCAGUGUGCUGUCAUGGAUGUGGCACUGGACACUAUCAAGCAAUACUUCCAUGCAGGAGGCAAUGGGCUGAAGAAGGCAUUCCUGGAGAAGAGUCCUGAGCUGUCAUCACUACGCCACGCUCUGUCCCUCUACACUCAGACAACAGACACACUCAUCAAGACCUUUGUCACCACCCAGCACGCACAAGGUUCCGGCGUGGACAAGCCGAUAGGUGAGGUGUCUAUCCAGAUUGAGCUGUACACUCAUCCUGGGAAUGGGGAGCGGAAAGUUACUGUCAAAGUCAUGGGAGCCAGUGAUUUAAAAUGGCAGACGUCUGGCAUGUUCCGGCCCUUCGUGGAGAUCACCAUGAUCGGGCCUCACCUUAGCGACAAGAAACGUAAAUUCCAGACAAAAUCCAAGAGUAACAGCUGGUCUCCCAAGUUCAACGAGACCUUCCACUUUGUUCUUGGCAACCAGGAUGGCUUCGAGUGCUACGAGCUGCAAGUCUGCGUCAAAGACUACUGUUUUGGCCGUGCUGACCGAGUGGUGGGCUUGGCCGUGAUACAGUUAAGAGACAUCAUGGAGAGGGGCAACUGCGCCUGCUGGUGCCCGCUGGGACAACGUAUCCACAUGGACGACACGGGCCUCACCGCCAUGCGGAUCCUCUCCCAGCGCUCCAAUGACGACGUGGCCAAGGAGUUUGUUAGGCUUAAAUCUGAAAUGCGAUCGGCCGAGGAGGGAAGAUGAGGAGAGCUGGAGAUGGUGAGAGACAGACAGAGAGGACGGAAGGUGUCCUAAUUUCAGAAUAAGAGAAGGAUCUCAUGUGUCAGUCUUGUCAAAAAGCAGGGAAUUAUUUUCCGUAGCUUGCCAUUCGGACUCUUACUUAGACCUUUGACGUGUCUUAGCUUCUGUUGACUGUUUGGUGGACCUUGCCAAGCUCACUGACGCACCAUCAUGUUCACACUCUGGGUAUUUUGGACAAACACUUUUUCAUGUUCCUCAAACACUCACAUUAUUUACAGAGCUACUGUAUAGCACACAACCAUAUCGAUACUGGCUCACUCAACCUUCACACUCACCAGCUGUUUCACCAGGCGGUGAUCACUUUCUCAGUCAUUUAACUUGUUUUUUUACCCCCUCUCCGCAUCAGCUGGAGUGGCACAGUGCACACGCCAUAGCCUCAAGGGAACACAUUGUGCCGGGCCAGGCUGGAGGGGCCAAACAAGUUCCCACACCUUCCAAGUGUUGUUGUGCAAUAACCCCACGUAAACCCCUCAAACUGUGGCCAUUUGUUAGAUGCCUUACACUCUGUAAACUGUGAAUGUGUGAAGUAAAGAAGUCUUUUGAAUGCCCUGUUCUGUAGCUCUGCUGUGACGGUCUGAGUAAAUGUGAAAAUACUGUGUGGUUUAGCUCAUAAAGAGGUCUCCUGUUUUGAUGAAUGCAUGACUGGUAGCUAGGAGACAGUCCUAGUCAGUUAUUGAAUAGAGUGCAAGAGAAGAUGAUGAAAUAUUUUACUGGUUAAUCAUGUGCAGCUAAUGUUUCAAGAGAAGGUACUUAAAGUAGUAACCCUUGAUUUUUACCCCUGAAUUUAAAGGAUUGAUCAGUUGAAUGUGUGCCUUGCCAUUUUAAGUUUCCUUUCCAUUUUACCCAGGAGAGACGACAGUGAUGUGAUCCGUGUAUGUGGUAAUAAACUCAAAAACGAUAUGAUUUAAAUCAAAACCUAAUGAGAAACGAGACCAACAGUCUGAACACUGUGUCUGUUAAAGGGCAGUCCAGUUUUGGCCAUAUUUAUUCAUAAGCUCCAUUAACACCUCCUGGCUCAUUUGGCCUGGUGUAACCAUGAUGGUGCAGCCAUUUUAUUUAUUUUUUAUACGUAUUUAUUGAUGUCUGUGCUUUUUCAAAGCUCGUGAUUUAAAAUGUUGUUUACUGCUGGGAACUGAUGUGUUUGCCAGAACGGUGUGUUUGAGAAUUUGCACAAAUCUGAAAGAGUCGCUUCUGUCGCAUUGUACACAUAAACAGCAGCUUCUUUGCAGGAUGAGUUUAACACCCUCAGAAUAAAGUGACAACCCAGUGUUUGUUAUGAAAUUGAAAACAAAGCUGUUUCCUGGACUCACAAAAUGGAGAAGUAAGAAUUUUUCCAUUAAUACUAAGGAAAAAUUACAGGUUGAACAUUCAAGUAACUAAAAAAAACAAAACAAAAACAAAAGGCUAUCUGAACAUUUGGACACAAGCUCCUUAGCUGAAUUGAUAGGGAGCGUAGAAUUAUUUAUGGUUUACAUAUAUCUCCCUGCUUUGUUUUCUUCUACUCUUCCUAUGAGUGGCCUUACUUUGGUAAAAUAACAAACUAAAUACAUGUAUCUUUCAAAUCAUUUUUUUUUUUUUAAUUCUCGUAUUUCCUUUUGCUGUCAACGAGGAUUAGCCACCUCUUUGCCAACAAUGAUGUCAAAUAAGUUUUCCGAGUGAUGCUCCUCAUCAUUUUGUUUUUUUUAUCUUUGAUUAUACUGCAAACGUUGUAACUGUAUCUAGGCUGGGUUUUCUUUGCUCUUUGCCGUCUGUUAUAUUUUGUCAUGUUUUGUAAAUAUUUCCCUCAAUCCUUUUCUAUUUUGGGAUGAUGUCAAUCACUGUGUUGUAAGAUAUGUUUUAUGGACAGAAAUAAUAUGCAGUGAGAUGAGUGCCAGUGAAUUUGUUUAUAACUGAUGGAGAAAUAUUAAAAUGUUACACUUAAUGAACGAUGGAUAUUGCUAUAUUAUGAGAACCUAAAUGUGUGUACAUUUUUAAACUAAUCACACUACGUAGAAGCCACAAAAUCAGACUCCUUCUUUGUUACAGUAAACUACCCCUUGUGAAAAAUGUAUGUUAUUGGUUUAUGAGGGCAAAUAUUUCGUAGCCGUUCUGUAAUAUACAUGUUCCUUGUGCCAAGUUGCAAGUGUUCACUUUUGAUCUUUUUUUUUUUUUAAUUUCUGUAUUUUCUAAAUCUGUUAACCCUUGCACUAUCACUAAAUCACUGCAAUAGUCAACAAGUACAGUAUAUCAGUCAGAGUAACUACUUUGUGGUGUUUUCUUUGUAUUGUCACUACUCUGAAAUGUUGUCAUCAUGUAAACAUUCCAAUUAAUGAAUUUUGUAUAAAGUAUUUG